UGGUUUGGUUUUGUCAUAAAAGCUUUAGCAGCAAAAACAGAAAAUGCUGUUGCAAAGUACAGCUCUACUUAUACUCUUCUGUAGUUGGGUUUCAGGCCUCAGCACAACAAGGAGUACUACAUUGAAAAUUUCUACUACGAGUCAACCAAUAGUUAUUGGAUCAUGUCACACAAACACAAGUUUGCCAUCUUUGACCCUAGUGGUAGACACUUCUGGCUCUAUGAAUUAUACUUUGAAAGAAAUAAAAAAUGCAACAAAUUUUCUCGUUGAUGGUCUCCAAAAUGAAACGAGGCAAUACACCUUGGUGGAAUUUAAUGAUCCAUUUGUUGGACCUGUUCAGAUCACAUGCUUUAAAACAGAAUUUAAGGACUAUGUGAACAAGAUUUAUACUUAUUAUAGUAGUGACUGUCCUGAAUUGUCAAUGGCCGGUCUCCUGUUGGCACUGGAAAACAGUCCUUCUGGCUCUCUGUUUGUACUAGUCACUGAUAGCUCCUCAAAAGAUUACAAUGACUACAACACAGUGAAUCGUAUAUCUUCUCUUCUCACAUCUAAAAGAGCAAAGGUGAUUUUUCUAGUCCGCAGCUACUGCUUCAACUCAAGUUCUGAUGAUUUCUUGAUAUACAGAGAGAUUGCUUCUAAAAGCUACGGGCAUGUUUUCCUAGAUUUUAACUACCCUGACAUAAGUGAAAUUGUUAACCUUCUGGACUUUUUGCUUUGGAUACCAACUAACAGUUCAAUACGUUUGCUCUCCAUUGAUACAAAUUAUACCAGUUAUGACAGCACUUCCUUUACAUUUCUUGUCAGAAAUAACUUUACAGCAAUAAUAAUAUCUACUGAUGGAUCUAUAUAUUCAAUGGUCAUUACAGGACCUUCAGGUGCUGAAGCAAAAACAAAUAAAAUAAUGAAAGAAUAUUGGGGAUCAUUGCAUUUUGUAGAAAAUCCUGACAUAGGAGCUUGGAAAAUUAACAUAAGUGCCUCUGCAUCCAGUUCCAUACGUAUUGAAGGCAUUACCGCCAACAGUAUAACACCCACAGAUACCUGCUCAAAAUGUCACCCCAGAGCCUCUUGUAAGAAAAAUCUAUUUGGCAGUAAUUGUGUCUGCAAUGAUGGAUUUGAAGGCAAUGGCUACACGUGCUAUGAUAUUGAUGAAUGCAGCAACUGGUAUUGGUCUUACCCUUGUAACACCGGUAUAUGUAAAAACACAUAUGGCUCAUACAACUGCACCUGUCCAUAUGGGUAUGAAAUGUCAAACGGAACAUGCGCUGACAUAAACGAAUGUGCAAGACCUGGUUUGAACAACUGCCACUCAUUAGCAUCGUGCAUUAAUAACAAUGGCUCCUAUUCCUGCUUGUGUCCUUCUGACUAUUUCGGAGACGGAUUUUACUGCGAGUUCAAUGAAUGCACAAUAAAUGUUUGUGGGGAUGGAACGGAAUGUAUCAAAUCAUAUGGAUCAUAUUCCUGUAUGGACCCAUGUACAAACUACACCACGCUUGACCAACCUUGGAGAAGCACAUCCUAUAAUUAUUAUUAUGAUUAUUAUUAUUAUACAUGUGAUUAUUACCUGUAUGGAUGGUAUCGAUUCACAGGAAGUGGAGGAACUCGAAUGCCUGAAUAUUGUCCAUCCUCAUAUCGUUGCAAUACUAACGGUCAAAUGUGGCUGCAUGGUUCGCAUCCUCAGCCUGUAGAUGGAAUUGUAAACCGCACUGUUUGCACAAACUGGUACGGGAACUGCUGCUAUUGGUCAACUAAUGUGUCAAUUAAGGCUUGUUCUGGAGGGUACCACGUGUAUAAACUAAAAGGAGUAUCAAGCUGCAACUCCGCAUAUUGUACAGAUCCAACAACAGCCAAUGAUUCCUGUUUAUGUGCAGAUGAUGAAGAGUGCAGAUUUGUUAAUGGUCAUUUCGGCUGCUAUUGCAAAAGUACAGCUGGGCCUUCAGUCAUUGAAGAUUUACGACCUGUUUUGACAUGCGAUGCCCAUAUAAUGAGAGCUUCUUUUCGGAAAUGCCACCUGGAAAAAUUUAACUUAAAUAAAAAGAACAUACAUCUCGCAAAUGGUAGCUGCAUUGGUUCACAAGAUUAUAAUGCCUCAAACAUAAUAUCAGUGGUGUGUGCACCAAAAGCAGGCUUGUGUGGAAAUGAGUUACUGAAAAACAAAACGCAUGUCAUCUACAAAAACACUGUCUACAUUUCCCUGGAUGUUAAUUCUACUGUUGGGGGAGAAGAUGUAGUCAGCAUAACAUUUUCUUGUAUAUACCCACUGGAUAUGCAAGCUUCUCUCAACACAGCCUUAACACCUUUUACAAGCUCUGUGCAUAUAGAUGUGGAAGGUACUGGACAGCUGCUAGGAAGCAUUGCUCUCUACCAAGACUCAAGCUACUUAACACCCUACGAGGGAUCUGAGGUUGUAGUGACAGCUAAAACAAUGCUGUACGUUGGGAUAUUUAUAGAUGGCGCAAGCAUAUCUGGGUACUCCUUGGUAAUGAAAAAUUGUUACGCUACUCCUUCCAGAAAUGCUUUGGAUUCAAAGAAAUAUGACAUAAUCAAGGACAGCUGCUCGAGCAAACAGGACCCCUCCAUUCGUAUUUUGGAAAAUGGGGUUUCAAACAGAGGACGUUUUUCCGUUCAGCUGUUUGAAUAUAUCAAGGACUUCAAUGUGGCCUUUUUGCUCUGUGAUAUUCAUGUGUGCGAGCGAGCAGCAGAGUCGUGCAUCCCAGUCUGCACUGGCAUGAGAUCGAUAAGUGACAGUGACAGAGGUACUGUUCAUUCUAUGGUUUUGGGGCCAAUUAUUAAACAAGGAAUAGUAGAUACCACCACACCUAAACCAUCAUCAGCAAACUGCAGAACAAUGCAUCUUCUGGCAUCUGCAAUUGUAUUCCUAACAGUUUUUAUCAUUAUAAACUGACAACACAACUAUGAAAGUAUAUUCAUUUUUAAGCAAGGUAGUAUAAUAGAUUAAUGUAUAAAUUCUUACUGAUUCAUAAGCAUUCUAUAUAGUGUGAUGUAUAUACAUGUGUCUGCAAAUAGGACUUUUAAAGGUAAUGUGCUCCUCGUGUGAAAGGGGAUUUUUUUCAUCGAAAAAUUUAAUUGUAGGCUUUCCCACCAAUACUAUGUCGGGCACAAUUGCAGUUUCUGCUCUUCAUUAGAAGAAUCUGAAAAUAAAACUGCGGAACCUUUGGUGUGGGAUAAACAAGAAGAUUGAUACUAUUUAUUCCCUUUUAAUAAUUCACUAGUAACUGUAUAAAUAAUAUUCCUAACAUUAUUCAAGUGAAACUAGCUGCGGUUGUCAGAAGGUCAAGAUGGUUUCCACAGAAGAAAAGCUUGCCACUUAUUUUCCUUGACAUACCUCUUUCAGCUUUUCCCCUACUCUCCUUUCAGCCUUCUCACACAUUCUUUAUCUCUUUCAUUGCCGUCUCUCUCCUUUUUCUCUCUCUCUCUUUCAGCCCUCUAUUUCAUUGUAGGCUUCUUUCCUUCUGUUUUCUAGUUGUAUGCCCCUUUUGUUUC